CCCGCUCCAUAUAAUUAGGGCUAUCUCUUGGAUGUUCCUCCCGACUCCUGAGAUAUUCGUAAUCCGGACCAAAAGCCAAACCCUAGCUGUAGAAUUUGCGUGAACUCUUCCCUAAAAAAUAAUUCUCAAAUUUUCGUCGAGGGUUUUGUGCGCAUCUGUUUCAGACAAUUGAUUUUUGCAUUUUGGUUUCGCUGGCGACGGAGCACUGCUGUGCGGAAAUUUAGGGGUCUCUUCUAUUUCGGAAGGGAAUUUCGGCGGAGAUGGGCAGCGCGGAUCAAAUUGACGAUCGGACCUUCAAUGCUGAUUUCAGUAACGAAGGAGUGGCGAAGCUGAGAGAGAGAGUGAAGGAUAAGCUGAAGGAGUUCAUGGGGGAUUACACCGAUGACACUCUUGUGGAGUAUGUAAUUGUCUUGCUCAGAAAUGGGAGAAGGAAAGAGGAAGCGCAGAAUGAACUCAAUGUAUUUCUAGGGGACGACAGCAAAUCCUUUAUAAACUGGUUGUGGGAUCAUUUGGCUGAAAGUCUGGAUGAAUACCUUUGUUCUCAAGAAUCUCUUAUCGAACAAACUACCAAGAUAAAAUCAGUGAUAGGCAGUCAGGAUGAUAAUAAAGAGUCUGUGCAUUUGGAUUCUGAAUCUGAAAAGGGACAAUCUGAUAAACCACUCUUAAGUCGGCGCAGUAGAAAAUGGAGAGAGCUGCCAAAUGAUGCUGCUAAGGUCCCUCCUCUUAUUAGUUCCGAGGUUCACAAAAUUGAUUACGAAGAGAAGAAAGAUCGCAGAGGCAGACAUGAUCGAAGGUCUCCAUCUCCACAGGCUCGGUCCCGCAGGAAAAGGAGUCGAAGUGAUGACCGGAAGGAUGAACAGAGGGAGGCUAAACAUGAUGUUUCUCGCCGGCUACUUCAGUUUGCUGUACGAGAUGCUCUGGCUAUUUCAAAACCAUCUAAUUCUCUAAAGGAAUCCUCAUCGAAGCGUCUUCGUUCUGUGGUGUCAACAUCCACUGAAGACUCAUCUGCCCCUGAACCACCUCAGAGAAUUCGUUCUGUUGCUAGGGUUGUGAAUCCUAUGUCAACUGUUAUGAAAGCUGUCGCUGAAGCAGCUGAAGAUGUGAAGAAAACCAAAACUGGUAGAAGUGUGUUUGACCGAAUUAGUCAUUCUACCGAUUUAUCUGAGACUCUAGACCAACAUGUGGUACUCAGAGAUGCUGCCCCUGAGAAUGAAGAGCGGGUUCAGCCUCAAUACCCUCAUGGUCUUGACUACAAUGGAACAUAUGACAAGAAUAUGUCAACCUUUGAUACCGGCUUGCAAUUGAAUGCUAUGUCUAAUCAUGGCAAACCCAGUAUAGGUGUUAAAGUUUCUCACACAAGUUUUCUUGGUAGGAACAGAACUGACAAUCCAACAAGUGUGUAUCAUAAUGUCGCCAUUGAAAAUCACGUUACUCAAGUGGAUGCGAUGUUCAAGAAUACAAGUUUCUCUGGGAAUAUCGAUCCAGGGAAACACUUUAGACUUCAUGGGCAGAGGGAAGUAGCAGAUGUGGGUCCUCAAACUCAAAGAUCUCUGCAGGAAGGCAAGAUAAAUACCAAUGAAGCUGUCAUCCAAUCAUCCAAGGCGAACAUGUCCAGUACUACUGUGAUUACGAAUGGAAAUGUAAAACCCGCUACAAAUGUCCAGCAAGGAGCUCCAAAAACACCAUUAUCUACUCCAGUGACGUUGUCUACCAUCCGCCCUUCAGAAGAUGCUGAUGCUCGGACAAUCUUUGUAACCAAUGUUCACUUUGGUGCCACAAAAGAUAGCUUGUCAAGGCAUUUUAACAAAUUUGGUGAGGUGCUGAAAGUUGUCAUAGUUACAGAUCCGGCAACAAGGCAACCAACAGGAUCAGCAUAUAUUGAGUUCAUGCGCAAAGAAGCUGCAGACAACGCAUUGUCUCUGGAUGGCACCUCGUUUAUGUCCAGGAUUCUCAAGAUUGUGAAAGGGAGCUCGAGCCAGCAAGAUGCAGCUCCGACAAUGGCAUGGCCCCGAGCCACACGAGGGUCUACAUAUACACCGACAAGGUUCCCUAGAGCCUCCCCAUAUGGAAGAGGAAUGCUCGGCGGAUUCAUGGGCCGUCCUCCCGUCAGACCGGGAGCCAGGAGUAUGCAAUGGAAGCGUGAUUCUUCAGCAGCAGCAACAGCAGUCACCGAGUUCAGUUCUGGUACCGGAAACAGCGGCUCAACCCCCAUUGCUGCUCGUAGCCUCACAUACAUCCGGACGGACCAAAAAUCAGAAGCAAAUGAUGCCACGAAGAUAUAACCGGAAAAGAUUAGGAUAUAAGAGGUACUUUGCUCUUAUGUUUGAAUCGGUGCCAUGCCCAUGAACGAACGGCGAUAUUAGUAUAAACUUCUCUGGAAAUAGGGUUAUUAUAAGGCGCGCGGCAGGAGGAGGGAAAUGAUGAAAAUCUUUUGCAGACUGGUAUUGAAAAUUUUGUGAAUAGCGAGAGGGCAGGAGGUUGGUGAUAUUUUCCUUUUUUUUUUUUUUGCAGACUAUUAUUAUGAUUAUGUUUUGGAUUAGAAGAUUCUGAAAAUAAUUGGAGAGAAAAGAAAAGAACAAAGAUGGUGGUGUACCCAA